GCCCCAUGAGGGAGCUCCAAUGAGUCACGCUGAGCAAUACACUGUGAGACAAUGCGCCCCCCCCCCCUAUUGUCUGAUAAGGGGAAAGAACGAACACGCACAAUGAAUGGGGAACAAGAAGAACAAGAAGAACAAGCACAGCAAGCACAGCAAGCACAGCAAGGACAAGGGCAAGGACAACCCUCCCCAAAGAAUAAUAACAAACACUGGGAAAACCCCCACAGAGCAACUCACAACCAACGCAAUCUCACUCGCAACCCACCAGUGCACGUCUAUCUAUCUACGGAAGGGGACUGUGAGAACAGACAGAGCAGCCAGCUAUUUGUACUGUACAGAGAAAGGGACCUCCGGAACCGCAGGCUCGUCUCCCUUUUUUUUGCCCACCCGCCACCCACCUGCCCUCCCACGCCCCCAUCACUCUUCUCCGCGGCCUUCAAAUACUUAUUCGUACGCCCACCCACGCCCCUCCCUCCCCUCGGACUUCUUCAACCCCUCUACCCUCGGAGUUCUUACAAUACGUAGUAUUCCCACGCCACCCCUACUUUACAUUCAGCUCACACAAUUCAAAACUUCCACGAUGUCGCCUAUGCGUGCACACAACCACCCCCCUCCAACCUCCGAUAACUUCCGUCCAAAUAACGACACCGAUGCUACCACUCAAGCACUGUACUGUCCGCCGCCGCCAGUACUGGAUAUUAUUGAUUCCCAUCAAUUGCUGAUCAGAGCUCAACGGACAGCACCGCAGGACAUUCAACUGUUUCCGUCACAGCCUAUUCAGUUUUUGACCGAUGGCGGUGUGAGGAUUUAUACGAACAACGCGGCGGGAUCGGGAGACCAGCAGCAGCAUCAAGUUUUGCUCUCCCAACAGGAACCACACCCACACCGCCACACCUCCCUCUACGCUAACCAAGACUACGUCAAUUUCGUCGGGCACGGUCUACCCAGUUUCACUCAAUCCCACACCCACGUCCCCUCCCAUGACAUAAAAAUGCACGGCUUAUCCACCGCCGAUAUCCACCAUCGGGAAUCGAUCCCCCAACACCAACAACAGCAACAACAACAGUCGUCGUUUUUAAAUAUGCUAUACAGCGAGGCAGCGGGGCCUGGUGCGACUGGGACGAGUGCGGAUUUGGUGGGGACUUUAUCUGGCGUUGGGAUCGCGGGAUCGAAUGGUGGAGGGAAUGAAUGGAUCGUGGGUGAGGACGCCGUCAUUGCGACGGAGGCGAGCUGGAAUGCGUGGCAAGCCUCCAACACCACCACCAACGCCAACAACAGUCCGGGAAACUUUCACUUUGAGAAUGCGUUUUAUGAGACGCCACAUAUGCCCUUCACCCCACUACCCACCGCUGGAUCGUAUCAUCAGCCACAUUCUCACACUCAGCAACAACAGCAACAACAACAACAACAUUACACACACCCCACACCAUCAUCCUACCACUCUUCCGAUUGCGCCUCGAGUUCGAGAUCGCAUUCACCACCUAGCAAAAUACCUGUGCGGAGUGAACCACAACCGCAUCAACAACAACAGAAGCCGCGUGCCGCAACGACUCCAGUCACAAACACGCAGCAGCAAAGAACGGGUAAAGCGAACGGACGCCGAACUGCAUGUGAUCAAUGCCGCCGCCGAAAACACCGCUGCGACGGCGGCCGGCCGCAGUGUGUACCUUGUUCGAUUUCGACGGCGGGGAGGUGUACUUACGAUGGGGAGGUGUUACCUGGACCUGCUAAUCCACAACAACAAGCACAGAAAGGGACAGGAGAAGGCCAACAGGGGAGUGUGAUGGAUAAAGAGAGGGAGGAGAGGGAACGGGGAGAGAGGGAGCGGGAGUUGGAGGAACGGGUGAGAACGCUGGAAAAGAUGUUGGGGGAUGCGCGGAGGGGGAUGGGUGGGGGCGGGGGUGAAGCGAACGGAGGGAACGAUGGUGGAGCGAACGAAACGAGUGCCGGUCUGGAUACUGCACCACCUGCUACGAAACCGAGAAGUCAAAGCCAACCCACCCUCGGAAAUCCGAACGCCAUGGACACGGCCCUACCCAUCAACGCACCAGCCCUCGCCCCCGACACCCUCCCCCUCCUCCGGAUCCACUACUCCACCUUCGAAGAAGCCGACCAAGUGAUCCACAACCUCCACCUCCAUGCAUCCUCACCCGCGUCAUCAUCACCACCGCCUGCAACUGAAAAACCCGACCCGACACCAAGCAAAGUCGUCGAACAGUUCUGCAGGGAGUACAAGCAGCGGUACGCGAAUACGGGCCCGACGCCGGAUAUCUAUUUUGUGGACGAUAUCACGCGGUUGACGGAGGAGAUGAGGGUUGACGACGACGACGAGGAAUCGACCGCGGCGACUGAGAGGUCGAGUCCCGGGGCCGCGGGGACGGGGGCGGGACAAGGGGAAGUGGCGGUGGUGUUGCCGGAGGAUAUCAACGAGCCGUAUGUGAAUAUGGAGCUUUUGGAGUUACAUUUCAAACACGCAACCUCCCUGAUCCCCUACCCCCUCCUCCACCGCUCCACCGUCCUCUCCCGUCCGUCUUCCCUCCCCCCACUAACCCUGUACGCCCUCUACGCCAACAUCUGCACCCUCCACCCCUCGCCCUCCAUCCGCGCCCUUCAAAACCAAUUCUACACCCGCGCACGCAAUCUGGUCGUGAGGAGCAUGGAGAAUCCGAGCGUGGGUGUGCUGCAGGGUCUGCAUCUGCUGACGAUCGCCACGUUGAUGCGGAGGAGCAUGAGGGCCGCGGGCGUCGUGGGCGGGCUGGCGGUCAGGAUGGCGGGGUGGUUGGGGGUUGGGAGGGAGGAGGAGGAGGAGGAGGGGGACGAAGGAGUUGGGGCGAAUAUCAUGGGAGCGCGGGAGGGUGGAGGCGGCGGGGAUGAGGAGGGGGAAGGUGGAGGCGGAUGGAACGAAAGGGAGGAUGGGGAUGGAGGCGAGUGGAAUGGAGGGGAAGGGGUUACGGUUAUGGGGCAGGGGGUGAGGAGGGGACGGAAGAAGAAGAUGGGGUGGGUGGAAAUCGAAACGAGGCGGAGGAUUUGGUGGGCGUUGUAUAUUUCCGAUAUAUUAAAAUCAGCCAUCCAAAACCAACCAACCUUCUUCGAACGCCCGCACCACUACAACGUGCCCCUCCCCUGCGACGACGCCCUGUGGGAGCUCUCCGACACCACCGGCCGUCUACCUCUCCGAUACCUCCACCUGAAAUCCGAGAGUUAUUGCGCGUUGGGGACGUCCUUCAUGUCCGUCUGCGCUCGUGCGGUGGCGUAUAAUCGCACGGCAUUGGCGCAAGGGGUGGAUCUGACGCGGUUCGAUCCGGUGUAUGCGGGCCUGGAGGCCGAGGUGCAGCACUGGUACAUGCGGUGUCCCGGGACGGUGUGGCGGGCGGAGGGGGCGCGGAGGUUUACGAUGAACCCGUUCGGUGAUUCGGAUCCACAAGACGGCAGCAGCUCAACUCACGAUUCGCCCAACGCCAACGACGAUGGGGAGGAAGUGGUACCCUACCACGCAGUCGAUCUGUGUCUCCAGCGACUCGCGACGCUGUGCUUGCUGCGACGGCCACGCAUGGUGGCGGCGGUUGGGGAGGGGAGGGGGACGCGGGAGGCGAGGGAGUGUGUGGAGGAGGCGGUGCGGAUCGCGAGGGUGUUUGUGGGGGUUACUGAGCGGUUGGUGGGUGGAGGCGGUGCACCCGACUCGGGGGUUGGGGACGCCACGCCGAGUGGGGAAUCACAACCCACUUCGACGACCGCAACACAGACACGAGGACCGAGCGACGCCACGGCAUCAACCGAGACCAAGCAUAUCCAUGUCCCCCCAGUGACACUCAUGACCUGCCUCGGCAUCCGCGAAGCCGGGUUCAUCCACAUCAUGGCGAGCUGCCACGCCCUCGUCUCCACCCCCUCCAUCACCGCCUCCACCUCCACCUCCCCGCCGCCGUCCUCUUCACCACACAGCAAGGAAAGCCUGGCAGCCUUCGACCAAGCCCAGAAUGAUUUCAAGAAAGUGCUGAGGUUUUUGAACGCAGUCACCAGACGCUACCCCCCGAUCCUGUGGAUCACGCAGCAGCUGAUGCUGGUCAAUGAACGCGUCGUCGGCGGGGUAAAGAUCGGCAAGGGGAUGCUGGGCAACACUACGGGCCCGGAGCCGUGAUCGUAGGAGGGGAGGUCAGGGAGGAGACCUAGCCCUCCUUGUAUGCGAGAUGAGAACCAUUUUUCUGGCAUUUUUGUAUAUAUGUAAUUUUUUUCUCGGGAUUGGGAAUGGGGAUGGUGAAUGGUAUUUUUUUUUGGGGAUUGACCGCGGUACUUUCUUUUCCUUUU